AUAAGAACAUCAAACUAAAUGUUGAACCAGCUGGAUGUUAUAUAAACUUGCCCAAGAAUAAAUUUUGUGAUAAAUUGGCAUUAUAUCUGCAAUUUGAAACCAAAACUAACUACACAGAGUGAAACGAAUAAGAAUUGUGUAAGCCAACACUCGAAAUGUUCAGUUUUUUCAAACGAUCGAAGAAGCGAGGUAACAACGAUCGCAAAGGUAUCAACGACACUCGUACUAAUGCAGAUGUUAGUGCAAAGGGCGCAUGUGCGCACGAGAACAAUUUAGCUGAACCGCAGAUUAAAUCAGAUCGAGACAUUCGAUUGGUACAGCAUAAUCGUCAGUAUGAAAAUGAUUCAGUCGAUGAACGUGCGGUGUCGUCAAAUCUGUCAACCGCACCGAAAAGUAGCUUUUUUGACAUCAUGGCCAAGGGCAGAUCUCGUCGCAAUUCGGGAAAAAACAAAAAACAAACGCAACCGAACAAUAACAAAAAACCAGAAGAAACAAAUCGUCGAUUUCUGUCGAUGGAUGGUGAAAACAUAAAGUCAAAGAACGCAGUAUGUGAAAAACCCGUGUCUAACGAUGAAAAUGUUCAGUGGAAAAUAGACAGAAGUACAGCGAAACAAAAAUGUGAUUCUGUUGACUUUGUAGUUAAAAAUAAAUUUCAGUUAGAAGAUCAACAUGAGCAGCUACAACUGCCACUGAACGUUCGAAAUAAUGGUGUGGUAGUUGAUAUUGAACGAAACUGCGUGUACGAAGUACGUCAGAGUGCUGAAAAUAGCCAACAAAAACAAUAUGUUGGUGAAAGCAAUUUAGAUCGUUCCGGUGCUUUAAAUUUUGCAAACGCGAUUACUUUCGAUAAACACAACCGUCCGGCAUCACCUACGUCUUUUACACUGCAAUUUACGGAAGAGCAUAACCAAUCCGCCAGUCAAACACAAAACUUCAAUGAAAUGGGACAACAACCAACCAAACAACAAUCAAAUAAAGACAUCGAGCAAAAAGUAAAUACGCCCGCACCAAUGUCGCCCAUCGAAAUAUUACCGAUAACAAAUCCUGAAUAUUUUCAAACACCUCCGUCACCCACCGUGAUUGAUGAGAUAUUUUAUGAAGCUGACGAACACAUCGUGCCAGUUCCUGAUGAGGAUGCCAUCCUAACCGAUAUGAUUUCUAAUAUACCAGUUGUUGUGAACGAAAAUUUUAAUUUUACGAAAAAUGAUCAUGAAAAUACGUGUGUGAACCGAGUGCCAAGUUUUCAUAUUGCGGGAAAAACGUCGUCGUCGUCGGCAGACCCGAAUUAUGACCAAAUUAUCAUAAAUAACGAUGCGGUACACGGUAUUUGUGUGGAUAUACCAAACAAUCAUGAUUCACCUGACUCAGGAAUUGUGGACUUAGCUAAUAAUGAAGGUGCGGUAGACGUAGACAUUUCACAACUUAUUAAUAAACUAGAAAACGAAACGAUAUCAUCAGAUUUGAACGGUGGUAAUAUGAAAAGUGCAUUUAAAUUUGAAAACGGUUUCAACGAUUCCAAUAAUAAUGGUGUGAACGGUAACAGCAAAAAGUUUGGCGGCUCAGAUGGUGGUAGUGAUAAGAAGAAAGUGGUGAAAAGAGUAACGUUUGAAUUGGAUAGCAAAAGUCUACCGGAUGUCGUUACCGCAUCGACCAACGGUAUUAUGGUUAUUCCAGUAGAAAGUAAUCCGCACGAAGAACACAACAACCAUCAGUGCAACGGCAAUGUCAAGCGAGACCUGGUAAAUAAAGACGCUUUAUUUACGACCCAAUUAGAGGAAGCUGAAAAACAAGCAGUGACUUCACAGGCCAAAGCAGACGACUUAGCUUAUCAAAUUAAUGAACUGGAACGAAACUUAACGGUCAAAACAUGGAACGUCGAGCGUCUCCAAGCGGAACUACAAGCAGCAUAUACAGAGGGCGAAUGUGUAAAGAAAAAAUUGAAAUUGCAGGAAUCUGAAAUGGCUGCACUUCGAUCAAAACAGUCGGAAAAGGAAGAUGAACUGAACAGCAAAUACAAUGAAUUGGAAGUCAAAUACAACGAACUCCAAGAGAAACUGUCUCAAGUGCAGAAGCUUGCGAUGGUUCUGCAGGUUCAAUUGGCUGAAGCACAAUGUGAUGCAAGCGACGUACGACGCGAAAAGGACGAAUGUGUUGCCGAACAAGAAGCCGAAAAUAAAAGACUGCAAGAAGCAUUGGAGGUGGCAUUGGCUGAAAAGAAAAAAAUCGAUGAGAAAUGGCACGUUGACUUUGAACUGCUCAGAACGGUCAACUCAGAUCGCGAGGAACAUUUACUACAAGACUGCGAAUGGAAACUUAGGUCAACGGAACAGGCAUGCAAAGCAAAAGUUGUAGCAGCAGAGGCGGCACGGAAGGAAGCAUUGGAGAAAGCAGAACAAAUUGAAGUUGAAGCAAAGAAACAGAUUAGUGAGGUGCAGCAUUUACGAUCUUACGAAGCAGAAGUGGCUGCACUACGUGGACUAACUAGCGAUCAAAAGGAAUCGAUUAAUUCGAUGAUUUUUCAGUUAGAUGAAAUGAAAAAGGAAUUGGAAACGGCAAAUAAAACGGUCGAUGAGUCGAUAGAAACGGUCCGUAAAAUUAAAUUUCAAUGCGCUCAGGAAAUCAGCGAGAAGCACAGACAAAUGAUAGCCAAGAUCGAUAAUGCUCGUUACGAGGUGGCCGUUAUGUGGGAGGACAGAUUGAUGGAGGAAAUGGGAAGACUGAAAAUAGAAUUAGAAUCGUGUUAUGCCGAAGACCGAGCCGAAGCAUUACAAACUGCACACAAUGAGAAAAUUGAAGAAAUUACCUGCCUGACAAAUACAUUCAAUCAAAAAGAAAAGGAACUUCGUGAUGAGAUUGUUGAAUUGAAACGCCUAAUCGCAGACCGAAAUGCAAAGUUACAGGACGCCAAUGUACGGUCCGACAAUCAAAUCAUGCAGAUCCGGGUGAUAUUGGACAAGUCAGAGAGAGAACAUCAACGGGAAAUGGAUGCAGAAAUGUCGAAACGCGAGGAAUUUGCAGCUUCAAUGAAAGUACAACACGAAAAUGAUAAGCGUGACAUGGAGGAGAAAUUCAGAGAACGAUUGUGUCAGGUCAGUGAAGAGUUUUCGGCUGAACUAACGACCAAUAAAGAAGAACUGCAGGCUCGGCAUAAGAAACAAUUGGAGCAACAAUGGGAAAAGUUGAUGGCUGAGAAAGAGGAAGCCAUUCAAGACUUAGAGCGAAGUUUCAAACGGAAACUCAUCGACGCUGAAACAAAGUUCAGAGAUCUGGAAAUAUCGCAACAGCGUGCCAUCAAGGACAUGAAAAAUUGUCAUGCCAUGGAACGAUCGAGUUUGGACCAGCGAGAUCUGCAAAAUGCACAAGAAAUCGAAACAUUGCACCGAAAGUGUCGGUGCCUUACGAAAUUAUUCGAGGAGAUGCGAAUGAGAUACGAACGACGCGAUCCGCGUGCCGAAGAUUUACGCGAAAUUGCCGAAUUGAAGAAUCGCUGUGAUGCCCAGGAUCGUGACCUCCGUAUAUUGACUGAAAAAUUGCGUGAACUGCAAAUGGAGCACCAGGAAUUGGAACAGAGCUGUGGCGGUGCUGCGGUACGGAAGCAAAAAAAUAAAAAAUCAAAAUUGAAUUGUGAUGUGAUAUACGAGGAAAACGAAGAACGCGAAUCGCCGCCGAAUGCUUAUCGUAACGGAAAUUUCGAAUGAAAAAAAUAAUUUUAAGAAAGAAAA